CACAGGCUCGGCCCCGCCGCCCGCCGGCGCUAUGGCCACCUAAUCCCCGCGGCAGCCGCCGUCGCCGCAACUUUUCCUCCCCGCUCCGCUCCUUCCCCCGGCGCUCUGGUGGAAGAUGGCAGUUGUGGGAAAGACUGGAAGUUGCAGCCCGCGAGCGAAGGGAUAAGGCGGAGGCGCGGGAAGAUUCUACCCACUUCUGGAAGAACCUCAAAAUCUGAAGAACUUUUGCCACAGUUUGGCUUUAGGCUGUCAACAAACUACCAUUCCAUCAAGAGCAAUGAGCUCCACAACACCAGAUGGGGUUUCUGGACGCGAACAGCUCUUGGCUCAGCAAAGAAUGCACAGUAUGAUCAGCUCAGUGGAUGUAAAGUCGGAGGUUCCCGUGGGAUUAGAGCCUAUCUCACCAUUAGACUUGCGAACUGAUCUCAGGAUGAUGGUUCCCAUGGUGGACCCAAUUAUGCGUGAAAAGCAGCUACAGCAGGAACUACUUCUGAUCCAGCAGCAGCAGCAAAUUCAGAAACAACUGCUGAUUGCAGAGUUUCAGAAGCAGCAUGAAAACCUGACCCGCCAGCAUCAGGCCCAGCUCCAGGAGCACAUAAAGUUACAACAGGAACUCCUAGCCAUUAAACAACAGCAAGAACUCCUUGAAAAAGAGCAGAAACUGGAGCAGCAGAGACAAGAGCAGGAACUGGAGAGGCAUCGGAGGGAACAACAGCUUCCUCCCCUCCGAGGCAAAGAAAGAGGCCGAGAAAGGGCAGUGGCCAGUACAGAAGUGAAGCAGAAACUUCAAGAGUUCCUGUUGAGUAAAUCGGCAACAAAAGACUCUCCAGCAAAUGGGAAGAAUCAUUCCAUGAGCCGCCACCCCAAGCUCUGGUACACGGCUGCCCACCAUACCUCACUGGAUCAAAGCUCUCCACCCCUGAGCGGGGCCUCGCCACCAUACAAAUACACUUUACCAGGAGCGCAGGAUGCCAAGGAUGAUUUUCCACUUCGUAAAACGGCUUCAGAGCCCAAUUUGAAGGUACGUUCACGGUUAAAACAAAAGGUGACAGAAAGGAGGAGCAGUCCUUUACUCAGGAGGAAGGAUGGAAAUGUUGUCAGUUCAUUCAAGAAGCGACUUUUUGAGGUGACAGAAUCCUCGGUCAGUAGCAGCUCCCCUGGAUCAGGUCCCAGUUCCCCAAGCAAUGGUCCAACCAGCAGUAUAACAGACAACGAAACCUCAGUUUUGCCAUCUAACAUUCAAGCUGAGCAACUGGUUUCACAGCAACGCCUGUUGGUACAGGAUGAAUCAGUGAACUUGUUGAGUCUGUACACAUCCCCUUCUCUGCCCAACAUUACUUUGGGACUUCCAGCAGUACAACCUCAAAUCAGUGGAGUCAGGGAGUGCUCCAGGAAAAGUAAUAGCUUCCCACUACUACAGGCUUCAUCGUCAUUCAAAGAAAAGCAGAAGGGAGAGACCCAGUCGCUCAGACAAGGAGUGGCCUUGGCUGGACAGUAUGGGGGGAACAUUCCUCCGUCCUCAACUCAUCCACACGUUGCUUUGGAAGGAAAGCCAAAUAGCAGCCACCAAGCUCUCUUGCAGCAUCUGUUACUGAAAGAACAAAUGAGACAGCAAAAACUUCUUGUGACUGGAGCGGUUCCUCUUCAUCCACAGUCUCCUUUAGCAGCAAAGGAGAGAGUCUCACCUGGCAUAAGAGCUGCCCACAAACUGCCUCGCCACAGGCCCCUGAAUCGAACCCAGUCAGCUCCUCUUCCUCAGAGCACUUUGGCCCAGCUGGUCAUCCAGCAGCAGCAUCAACAAUUUUUGGAGAAGCAGAAACAGUACCAGCAGCAGAUCCACAUGAAUAAGAUGCUCUCUAAGUCCAUUGAGCAGCUCAAGCAGCCUGGCAGUCACCUGGAGGAAGCUGAGGAAGAGCUUCACGGCGAUCACGCCAUGCAGGAGGAGCGAGCUCCCGCCAGCGGUGCCAGCGUUAGGGCCGAGAGCAGCAGUGCUGGUGUGGAUGACAGAAUAGGACAGCAGGUGGGGGCUGUGAAAGUCAAAGAGGAGCCACCGGACAGUGAUGAGGAUGUUCAAACCCAGCAAAUGGAAUCUGGGGAGCAAGCUGCUUUUAUGCAACAGGAGUUCCUGGCGCAUCGGCGUGUCCACCAGUUGCAAAUCUACCAAGCUCAGAUGGCUACAGUUGGCAUGGCGGGAUUAGAUAAACAUCGGCCGGUGUCCAGGACCCCGUCUUCCCCUGCUGAUUCCACAUUACCUCACCCAGCCAUGGACCAGUCCAGCCAGCAUGUCUACACGACCGGUGUUGUGUACGACAGCCUGAUGCUGAAGCACCAGUGCAUGUGUGGCAACUAUGCUAAUCACCCUGAACACGCCGGAAGGAUCCAAAGCAUCUGGUCAAGGCUGCAAGAAACUGGGUUGCUGAACAAGUGCGAGCGAAUUCGAGGUCGAAAAGCCAGUCUGGAGGAAAUACAGCUGGUUCACUCUGAACAUCAUUCACUGCUGUAUGGCACCAGCCCCCUGAACAGACAGAAGCUGGACCCCAGGAAACUCCUAGGAAACGUGUCUCAAAAACUCUUUUCCUUGUUGCCUUGUGGGGGACUUGGGGUGGACAGUGACACCGUUUGGAACGAGCUGCACUCGGCCGGGGCGGCACGCAUGGCGGUGGGCUGUGUCAUCGAGCUGGCGGCCCGCGUGGCCUCCCGGGAGCUGAAGAAUGGCUUUGCUGUUGUAAGGCCCCCAGGCCAUCAUGCUGAAGAAUCAACAGCCAUGGGGUUCUGCUUUUUUAAUUCGAUUGCAAUUACUGCCAAAUACUUGAGAGACAAGCUAAAUAUAGGCAAGAUAUUGAUUGUAGAUCUGGAUGUUCACCAUGGCAACGGUACACAGCAGGCUUUUUAUGCUGACCCCAGCAUCCUGUAUGUUUCCCUCCAUCGCUAUGAUGAAGGCAACUUCUUCCCCGGCAGUGGAGCCCCAAAUGAGGUUGGAAGUGGCCCUGGUGAAGGAUACAACAUAAAUAUUGCUUGGACAGGUGGCUUGGAUCCUCCUAUGGGUGAUGUUGAGUAUCUCACAGCAUUCAGGACCGUGAUUAUGCCAGCUGCCAAUGAGUUUGAUCCAGAAAUUGUCCUGGUGUCAGCGGGAUUCGAUGCCGUGGAAGGCCACGACCCUCCGCUGGGCGGGUACAAAGUCACAGCUAAAUGUUUCGGUCACCUAACCAAGCAAUUGCUGAAGCUAGCGGAUGGCCGUGUUGUGCUGGCACUGGAGGGAGGACAUGACCUUACUGCCAUCUGUGAUGCAUCUGAAGCCUGUAUAAACGCCCUUUUAGGAAAUGAGCUGGAGCCUCUCCCAGAAGAUAUUGUGCACCAAAUCCCCAAUAUGAAUGCAAUAGCUUCUUUAAAAAAGACCACUGAAAUUCAAAGCAAGUACUGGAAGUCAGUGGAGCCGUACUCUGUGCCAGUGGAUUGUGCUCUGGCCGAGUCUCAGAAACGAGAGAGGGAGGAGACAGAAACGGUAUCUGCUAUGGCCUCUCUUUCAGUGGAUGUCGAGCAGUGUAUCCUUCAGGAAGGCAGCAGAGCUGCUGGCGAGCCCAUGGAAGAAGAGCCAGCCUUGUGAAGUGCCAAGUCCUCCCUGAUAUUUCCUGUGGGUGACAUCAUUGUGUAUCCCCCCAAAGCACCCUCAGACAUGUCUUGUCUGCUGCUUGGGUGGCACAGAUCAGAUGGAACAUAAACACUGGGCACAAAACUCUGAAUAGCAGCUUCACUUGUUCUUUGGAUGGACUUGAAAGGGCCCUAAAGAUUCCUUAAAUGUAACCGCUACAAUUCUAGAGUUACAGUAAAACGGGCUUGGGAGAAAGAGCCUAGAGCAUGCUUUUUAUAUGCUGUUUGACCCGCUCACCAACAUAAAUUGUGAAAUAGAGUAUUACAAAAUUCUACGUGAUAGAUUAUAGAUACAAGAAUUGCAACAGCCAGAGAAAUACUCGGUAAACUCCAUGAAUCACUUUCUGACACUUUUUACUGGGUACUUUUUUUCAUACUGUGUUAAAUUGUUAAUAGAAUUUGUUUUCUUUGCUCUGUGUAAUGAAAAAAACAACCGACCUUUAUUUUACGUGCCAUUUUUUAAACCCCUGUAAUGAGUUCUUAGCUGAAUAAGUGAAAGGUGUGUAAAUUACAAUGAGGGAUUUUAGCUAAAGGGAAAGCACUUCUUAUUGUACUAUAAAUCCCCCGAAGUCCUGUGCUUGGUGGUGCUUUAUUUUCUUUUCCCUUUUCCCCACCAUCCCUCCCCGUUUUGUGUAAUCUUUUGGAUCAUAAAAACACAUUCAUGAUUCUCUAAAAAGAGCGAUCUUCUGCCUUUAAAAAAAAAAGUGCUGUACCCUCCGUAGUUGACAGUAGCUCUCACCAUAUGUGCAGCAGAGAUCAAGUAGUCUCUGAAAAAUGGAUGGCUUUUCAAAUGUGUUUUGAGUUUGUUCCGAAAUGUUUCUGCGUCCUGACUCUAAGAGCAGCGAUCUUCAGUAAGUGCGUGCAGCUCAUUUGAAGCUCAGGUGUUUCUGUGGAGGUUGUGUUGGGGGUGCUUUUUACAGGUCGUCAUGUGAAUACGAACUGAUUCUUUUAUGUAGUCCUGCCCUGAGAGAACUGAUGUUGCUUAAGAAGCUUCAAAGGGUUUAGGCUUUAUUUUAGAUCCCCGAAGUGCAGCACGAUCUCCCUGCAACGUGACUUUAGCUGUUUAAUUCCGUGUUUGAGAACGUAACAUAGAGUUGUGCCUUUAGCUGAUAAUGAACGCUUAAACUGUUACACGUGUUGCCUUACCGUCAGAGAAAGAGAUAGGGCAUGUAUGUAAGACUACUUCAAAUGAGCAAAACUCUACUACAGCAACUUUUAUUUUGUUUACAACUUUCUCACCUAAUGAACCCUGGGAGAUACCUUGAAGUAUUUGACUUGCAGUAUUUGAUAGCUCACCCAGCUUUUAAAAGCAAGUGAUGUUCAUUUUUAUAUAUUUUCCAAACUCCAAAAGAUAUAUUAAAGCCAUAAGUGAAGACUGUCAUGCUUUUUAUUCUGAAAUCUGAAAGGACCCUUAAUUAAAACAAGAUUUUGGGGAAGGCCAUGAUAUGAAAGAUAUGGAACAAUAUGGUUUCAGUUAUAGGCAGACUCAAACCUGUAAAUCAAAGAUGAAAGAUUUCACUCAAAUAGAAUUAUAUAAUUCUCUUUUGUUAUGCAGUCAGACUAUAUCUUUCAUGCAUUUGGGUUUGUUUACGAUUAGCAUUUUAAUUUUAAAGACUUUUAUUACUUAUACAAAAGCUCUCUGCUACAAGUUAGAAAUCUGAGGCAUGCUUUGAAAAGGGAAAUCUAAAAAAGGAAUGUCAUUUCCUAUAACGUGAAGUAAACUUUUAUUCUGAAAGGCUCACUCUAAAAUGGAUGUAUGCCUCUCAGAAAGUGAAAUAAAAUUCUACCCCCCAUUUACAAGCCAAAAUCAUGCUCAUUUUGGUAAUGCAAAGGGUCUCAGCAGGCUAAAUUAACUCCUGGUGUAAGCCACCUUGCCUGACUUUGGGCUGUUCUGAAGCGGUUGUUCACAUGACUAAAGCAAUCAGGAGUUCAUCCUGUAUUUUCAGCAGACUUGUGAUGGCAAUCUUGCUUGCCAUUUACUGCAAUUUUCUUGUGGUCAUCAAAGGAGUUUCCCUUCAAGGAAACCAAGGACCAUAGCUGAUGAGUUGGGUAAUUUGUAGAGCUUUUCACAUUUUGAAAUAAUGGCUGCUAAAUUUUAAUUGAGUGAAUAGUAAAGACCGUUUUAAAACUCACCCCACAAAUGCAAAAUCUGCUCGUGUCUUUAGCUUGCAUGAAAUUGAAUAUGAAUUGCAGCCUGAAAUGCGAGUUAUAAACUUUACCAAUUAAAGUCUAUAUUCUGGGGUGGAAAUCAGCUAAAGCUGUCCUUUGUAGCUGGAAAUGCUUUUAAAAUGCCAGAAUAAUUUGAAUUAAACCACAUGAUAAACUCACACUUAUGCAUUUGUACGGGCGUACUCCCAGACAGACAUCUAGUCAUGCUAUUGGUUUAAGUUAGGAUCAUUUGGAUAAGCAAAUGUGCAAAUAAACUGCACACAGAUUGUGUCCAGAACUCUGUUCUCACUGAACUCAAUAGCAAAAUCCUCUUUGAUUUCAAUGAGGGACGGAUCAGGCCCUGCUUUUUUUUUUUUCCUUUCUUUAAGUCCAGAACACCACUACUUUUUGAUUAUGUCAUUACAAGGCACCGUACAGCCCUCUGGGAAAUGAUCGAGGCUUAUGGUGAAUAUCAACACUUCCUUCAAAGCAGACCUGGGCUUUUGGAGAGGGCAGUUUCACUUGCUGCUGUUUUCUUCUCACAGUAUUUUUUAUUACCAUCAACAGCUCCCCAUGGAUUGCAGUUAAAAUAUCUCCCAGCAAUUUUAGACAUACUUCCAGGGAAAUAUUCACAUGCAGGCUCUUAAAAAUGCCCAGUUUUAGCUGGAUUCAACAACAAAUUCCAAGAAUUUCAGAAAGAUGCGUGAAUUGCAUGUUUCUCCAUUUCUAAUGUCCAAAUUCAGAGCUUUGGGAGCUGUUUUUGAAGAGACGUCACAGUCUCACGUCUCCCCUAGACCUCAGUUUAGGCUAGGGAGAUUGACACCUCUGAAAAUUAAGUCCCAGAUUAUUUCAAGCUGGCUGCCAAAAUAUCUACAUCUGAGUUUAGAUUACUUCUAAAAAUGAACUGAAAUGCAUAAAUGAGAUGGGAAAAAUGGUGGGUUUUGUGUGUGAUUCCGUGGAGAAGGUGAAGCUGAGGAGGUGGCAGAGAGCUCUUGGAGCCAGGGUGACCCUCUGCCCGGUGCUGGUGGCAUGGGGGCUGCAGGUGGGCAGCUCGACGUCCCACAGCACCACCACCCCAGGCUGCCAUUGCCGUUAGCAGCAAAUCCUUGCCUCGCAGGGGAUGGAUGUGGGAAUUUGCCCUCUGCCUCUGGAUCAAGGUGCCCCUAAGACACCAACCUCCAGAACAAGGGAUGCCUCUGCAAGUACCGCUGACGUGCUUGCUCCAGUUCAUGCUCUACCCUAGUGUUAGGGACUAAAUAUUAAGCUCAGUGGGGCUUUUCUUGUUUGCUUGUAUUCUUAGGUCCUUAAAUUCAUAGUAGAAACUGAAAGCUAAAAAGUCAUAUGACUCAGGAUAUCAAGAAAAGCAUUAUUUUUAUCCAGCUUAAUGCUUUUACCUGGGCUGGGGUGGGAACAACGAUGAAGAGUAAAUCUCAGAACUACUAAAACCUAAGAGUGUCUUGCACUUCAUUUUCAGACUCUUUGUGCAGGAUUUCUGCAUGUGCUCAUUUGGCUUUAAUACAAUCUACAGCAAUGAAGUGCUUGAUUAUAUGAUCCUUUUUCAGGCAAAAUUCCUAGCAAGUAAUCAAAGCUCAUGGGAAUUUUGCCAAUGCAAAGAUGACAGAAUUAGUCCCUUUUUUAAUUACGUAUCUUCCUAAUUUUACUUUCAGUGAAAAUGAAGUAACCAAUUCCAGGCAAGUGAAUCUGAGGAAAAUAAAAUCAUUAAGCUAUCUUAAAUAAACAUCAUAAAAGAAAAAGAAAACACAAACAGCUGUUACGCCAAUGAAGAUGGCUGUUUCUUUACUUUGCAAAAAUUCAACAGCAUGCUGCCAGCUGAAUGAAAGUGGCAAAACGAAUCCCUCUCUAGAGAAUGUGGUAUUUGAGUUGGUGUCUUAUCUAAGUGCAGCCUCCCUCAAAAGCUGAGAGUCAUAACCGGAGAUGAAAUAUUAGAAAGGUUUCGCUGCAGCCAGCACCAGAAGUCCUGUAGAGAACAAGAAUGUAGAGACUGACUAAUUUGUGUAGACAGACAGCAGGACACUUUCGGGGCAAUGUGUCUGGGACGAAGAAUUAGAGGGAACUUUUCCAAAGGCGCUGAUGGCUGUGAGGCAACUAGCUUCUAUUAGCUUGCAGGGGCAAGGAGAUGCCCAGCGAGCAUUUAUUCUUUGGGAGAAGCCCCCUCCGUCCCACAAACAUGCCCACACGCAGGCAGACGGGAACCUCGCUGUACACAUCUUUGUCCUAAGCAGCAGCAGCAGCCGCCAGGUGUGCUGUCCCGACCCCUGUGCUCUGCAUUUGCCCGAGAAGUUAUCAGCCCCUACCAGACACUUCAUAACGCGACUGAUAGGGGAGAUUUUUUGUAAUUUUUGUUUUUUCUCAAUAGUGGCCUUUCCAGAAGUGUAGCAGUGCACGGUCGAUGUGUUUUAAAAGGUCACAAUAGAGCUUUGUGAACCAUUGUAUUUUUUAUUUUUUUUUUACAGACUCCAUAUGGAAGUAAAACAGAAUAUGUACAUGGGCGGAGGGGGGGAACCUGCUGGGAAAGAAUUUCUCUGAAGUCGAGUUUCUGCUACCUGCUUUUCAGACUGGUUUUGGAGGAGUUUGGAUUUUUAAUUAUCAUUUAAGCUUUUAGUUUUUUACUCGCUUUGGUUUUUUACCUGUAGUUGAAUUCAGCACAUAGAACACCACCCAAAAAAAGUCUGUCUUUUCCGACAGAUGCCCCUGCCCUCGGUGUGGGAAUGAGAAUAGCUUAUCUUUGUCACUUCUAGCAGCAAUUAAAUGCUUCAUUUUUGUGACAGAUCCAAACUAGAGUGGUAUUUUAUGAGUACGAUUUAGCUGGCUGUCUGCUGAUUGUUAAAAAAAGAAAUUGUGAAACUCGCAUUCCUCUCUAACCUCAAAAGGGACCCAUUUUGAUUUUAACAAUGUAAUAUUUUCACUUGAUCCAAAAGGUUUUUGUCCCAUGACAUCUUGUUACUAGCUCGGUUUUAGUCUUUAGCAAAUAACACACCACAGAGAGCGAAGACCGAAAAGGACAUUCCAGCAACUAUUAAUUAUAUCUCUUCUGCACAAUCCUUCAUCCUCCUCUAGUGCCAUGCUCUGUGGUUCAGCAUAUUAGAAGAGUUUAUAGCAAAAUAUAAAUUGUUCUGUGCCAUCAAAGAUGCUACUAUGCGGAUGUUAAUUAGUACAUUGUGAGUUGGGCUGUAACUUAUAAGGAAGACAUGCUCCUGCGUGCAUGGUCUAAAGGCAAGUGACGCAUGAAACCAAUGGCACUGGUACUGUGCAGUGAGAGUGAUUCUGUGCUAAGAUCUCCACACAUUAUCCCCUUCCCGACGGUGCGCCUGCAUGGCCAGAGGCACGUUUGCAAUUGCCGAGCUGUAGGAUGCCCUGAUUCAAAGACCACUGAAAUCCCUUCUCUGACAAGCUUUGAGUAAGAUCUGGGAGACAGCUAGAGAAGAAACCUUAACUUUGCAAUCAGCCACACACAAACUGUAAAAAAAGCACAGACAAAAUUCGGAACUCAGCCCCACAUGCCUGUUUUUGAUACAAAGUGCCAGCUCUGCUUCUAGAAAAGUCUGUGUGAAAGAGCAUUGACACCAGUGGAUAUAUCCUAUUGACUUCAGCCAGCUUCAGGAAGGCAUAUAUGCCAUAUGUUAUGGGAACAGGUUCAUACUCAUGUCUCUUGCUGCUUAGUUUACUGCUAUUUUAAAUUUAUUGAUUGGCUUAAUAUUCCAAGUUAGGAUGCAGUAGGAAAGCAUAAAGCAAUACCUGGUGAAGUCAUAACAAAAGAUUUCAAAGCAAACUUAUUACCGUGGGUUUUUACAACACUGACUUUUUGGUCUAGGGAUACACAGCUGAAAUGUCUAUUUUUUUUUCUUGGGAAAUUGAUGUUGCUAUCUGUUUCUAUGAUAAAAAACAGUCCUUUUGCUCAGAGCACUAGAAGUUUAUCUGUAAUUUGUCUUUCCAGGCAGAUCAGAUUCUAAGGGAUAAAGCAUCAGUGGGACCGACCCAAAGGGCAAAAUUUUUAAAGGUCAAUAGUAAUAUUUCCACAAGAGUAAAUGGAACCUGUGGAUUAUUGUUAUUUUUCCUGAUACAUUUUUGUAUCUGAAAGCAUCUAAUGAGUAAUGUUAAGUAACAUUGUGCUCCAAAAUGUUGUUGAUUAUAGAUAUAUGAGCAUUGGAUUGGCGUGAAAUAGUCUUCAACCGAGUUGUUAAAAUCCCUUUUGUUUUGUGUUUUGUAUAAUUCUUUGGCUAUAGUCUUGUCCUAGU